UGGGCUUUAGAGAAAAUAAUUAAAAUGUUUGUGCAUUCUACAAGUGAGGGCAACAAUGUCUUUUUUCACUUGCAGUUAGUUGUUGCUACAGGCAAAAUAGAUGGAAGUGGCACGUAGAGAAAAGAAGUUUCGUGCAAGAAUAUAGGAGAAUUUUUGAAAUUUUCAGUAAUAUACAAAUGAUUUUGAUCUUUUAUAAUAGCACACAGGUAAAAAGGCUCGUGAUAAUUUGGGAGGAGGGAGUAGAAAACAGUUCCCACAGCAAACAGGUUUUAACGAGCAAGACAGCACGCUGAAGCCUUUGUACAGGCACCGACUCGCUCGACCGGUUUUGGAACACACGAACCCGCAUCUCUCCUGAGCUGGCAACCUCGCGCAGAGCUAGCAGACCUCGCCGGCGGCGACCGUGUGCCCAUGGCUGACGGGGCCGAGAUGGACGAGGAGGCUAUGCGAGCCUUCUUUCCGCUCUCUUUCGGCAAGGCGCCGGCUCGGCCCGGCUCUGCGGCCUCCUCCGCCCACUCCUCCACCCUUCGCAAGCCUCAAAACCCUAGUAACCCCAAGCCCCCCGCCUCUACCGCCACGGACGACGAUGGAGCCGCUAUGAUUGGUCCCCCUCGGCCGCCGCCGGCGCCCGCGGAGGAGGACGACGACGACAAGGACCGCGGCGGCGUCAUGAUCGGGCCGCCUCGGCCACCGCCGCCCUCAGCUCGCGGCGAGGGGAACGACGACGAUGGCGACGGCAUGAUUGGGCCGCCUAGGCCGCCGCCAGCGGAUGAUGAAGACGUCGAUGAUGAUGAUGAUGACGAGGAGGACGACGGCGAGGAGAUGGAGGAUGACGGCGAGGGUGGAUUCAAUCGGAUCCCUCUCAGCAACGAAAUUGUUCUGCGGGGGCACACUAAGGUUGUCUCAGCCCUUGCUGUUGACCAUACAGGAUCCAGAGUGCUCUCUGGUAGCUAUGAUUAUACAGUGCGUAUGUACGACUUCCAGGGUAUGAAUUCAAAGCUUCAGUCAUUCAGACAAUUGGAACCCUUUGAGGGCCAUCAAGUUCGUAGCCUAAGUUGGAGUCCAACAUCUGAUCGAUUCUUAUGUGUUACUGGUUCAGCUCAGGCCAAGAUUUAUGACAGGGAUGGGCUUACACUAGGAGAGUUUGUUAAGGGUGAUAUGUAUAUUCGUGAUCUGAAGAAUACAAAAGGCCAUAUCUCCGGGCUUACAGGUGGUGAGUGGAAUCCGAAGUCAAAAGAGACCAUUCUGACAUCAUCUGAGGAUGGCUCCAUACGCCUCUGGGAUGUGUCUGACUUUAAAAGUCAGAAGCAGGUCAUCAAACCUAAGCUGGUAAGACCAAUGCGGAUUCCUGUUACAUCAUGUGCAUGGGACCAUGAAGGAAAACGAAUUGUGGGUGGCAUAGGAGAUGGUUCUAUACAGGUCUGGACCAUAAAAGCUGGAUGGGGUAGCAGACCAGAUAUCCAUGUUGAGAAAACACACACAGAGGAUAUUACUGGGGUUAAAUUUUCAACAGAUGGACAGAUUCUUCUGUCAAGAAGUAUGGAUAGUACUCUUAAGAUAUGGGAUUUGAGAAAAAUGAAAACUCCUUUGAAAGUAUUUGAAGAUCUGCCAAAUCACUAUGCUGAGACAAAUGCAGCCUUUAGCCCAGAUGAGCAGCUUAUUUUUACUGGAACAUCUAUUGAAAAAGAUGGUGACAAUGGGGGAUUACUUUGUUUCUUUGAUAGAAAGAAACUUGAGCUUGUAUCGAGGGUGGGAAUUUCACCACAGUACAGUGUGAUAAGGUGCCUCUGGCAUCCAAGAAUCAACCAGGUGUUUGCAACAGUUGGAGACAAGAAAGAAGGCGGGACUCAUAUCCUGUAUGAUCCUUCUAUUAGUCAAAGGGGAGCUCUUGUAUGUGUUGGACGAGCACCAAGGAAAAAGUCUGUUGAUGAUUUUGAGGUGCAACCUGUCAUACACAAUCCACAUGCAUUGCCACUUUUCCGAGAUCAACCAAGUCGCAAACGCCAAAGAGAGAAGAUACUGAAAGACCCGCUCAAAUCACACAAGCCAGAAGCACCUGUUAAUGGUCCAGGAUAUGGUGGAAGAGUGGGUACUACAAAAGGCAGUUUGCUGACACAGUACCUCUUGAAGGAAGGUGGUUUAAUUAAGGAGACCUGGAUGGAUGAAGAUCCAAGAGAAGCGAUUUUGAAGUAUGCUGAUGCUGCAGAGAAAGACCCAAAGUUUAUUGCGCCAGCUUAUUCUCAAACCCAGCCGAAACCUGUUUUUGCAGAGUCUGAUUCAGACAAUGAAGAGAAAUAACCAUGUGCCUGGUUACCUAAGCAAGCAUGCACCUGCAUUCUAUUUUCUGACAGCUGUCUCUUGCUGAGCUUAUUGCACAAACCCAGUAACCUACUUUUUAACAGUGGAGAAACAAAAGAGCAUAUUUUAGGGUCUUGAAGGCAAAAUAGGUACCACAAGUCUUUUCAGUAACGUCUAAUUUUUGGAAUGGAUGAUAGGAGCUCUGCCCCUUAAUUACAGAUGGAUAGGAUUAAGUAAUUACAACACUUGAGCACUAAAGCCUCUAUGAUUUGUUUGAUGUUGUACCCACUGUAUGUACUUGGGUGUAAAAGAGUGGCAAAUUUAUUUACAUGCCUUAAACAUAACUGUAGUGCUGAAUGUACCGCUCUGUUUUCUUGAGUUUAUCUGUCGAAUCUGCCGGUCAUUCCACAUUAUUUUUCGCUCACAACAAGUUUGCCUUUGUUUGCUUGGGAGAAUUAGUUUUA